UACACCGCCUGGAAUUUGGAAGAGCAGAUGGAGUCUGCCGGGAACGUUUUGUCAGCUGCUCUGUUAUGCUGCGCGCUCUUGACGAGGGACUUCUCCCGGCACCCCGAUUCGUUCUUCUUGAACUGUGCUGUUGGUAUUUUGUUGUAUAACGACCUAAAAGGCUCACUCAAACGGUUCUGUGGGUGGGAUAAUUGGCCUUGCGUCGUGGAGACAUCUAUCAAUGACAAAGAACUAGCAUUAUUCGGUGGUGGAGGCUUCUCUCUCACGCCCAAGCAGUUCGAUACUCAGCUCUUCAGCAUUUUAUUCAAUAAAGUCGACCUUGAACCGGAUUCGGUAUUCCUUAAACGAUUAGAUGACACGCUGCGUUUGCAUAAGAAGUUCUCGAAGAAUUCCAACGAGUCCUCUGCUGUUGUCAUUCAAAGAAUAGGUGAUGCGCGGAGAACGGGAAUUAGGGUUGCCCCACAUACUUGUAUCCGUGAAAGCAUCUUUGCGGAGCCCAGAAUUGAUCAUCACUUCCAGCACCAGGAGGUGCAGGAGACCCGCCGCUCACGUCCAUACAGAAUGACUUUGGUUGAUCUUGGAUGUUGUAUGGGAACUGAUCUAAGGAAGUUGGUCGUGGAUGGUUUCCCAGUACUGGACAUCAUGGGGCUCGAUAUCGAGAACCGAUUCUUUGACAUCGGGCGUCUCAUGUACAACGAAGGGGACACACCUUCCAUCAAGUUUAAGCAGACCGAUGCCCUUGAUCCUCUAUUCUGUGAACGCAACGCCAGGUUGGAAAGCAAGUUCGAUUUUGUGCACUCAGCAAAUGUCCUACAUCUCUUCCAGACUGAGGGGCAACUAGCAUUCAUACGGUCAAUGGCCUUUCUAGUUAAACCUGGUGGACUUAUGUGGGGUCGUCAAGUCGGGUUGGCCAAUGGACCAGAUGGUGCGAAGUACAAGCACGAAGAAGGUAAAGGUACUCGGUUCACGGCUGGCGAGUUUAAGGAGCUCAUCUUGGAUGCUACGGGAUGGCGUGAAGAGGAUAUCGUAUAUCGCUCUGGGUUGGUCGCGUACAGCGAGCUACGAAUAGUGAAGCCUGGCAAGAAUUGGGUGCUACAGUGGUCAGUGAGGGUGCCCUUUGAUAAAACGCCGGGAGCUCGUCGAAUUACUGAGUUGGUUGAAUAAAUAAUCGGACGAAAUCAUUAAAAUGUAUAUUCUCUGCCUAGCUAUGUACAUAUUUGCAGAGCAGGAUCGGCU